UUGCCCUUCACCGCCUGCCAGUGCCUGCCAUGCCAUCCUACACCAUCUUCUACUUCCCCGUCCGAGGGCGCUGCGAGGCCAUGCGCAUGCUGCUGGCUGACCAGGGCCAGAGCUGGAAGGAGGAGGUGGUGACCAAGGACAGCUGGCUGCAGGGCUCACUCAAGGCCUCCUGUCUGUACGGGCAGCUCCCCAAGUUCCAGGACGGGGACCUGACCCUGUACCAGUCCAAUGCCAUCCUGCGCCACCUGGGCCGCUCCCUCGGGCUCUAUGGCAAAGACCAGCGGGAGGCGGCGCUGGUGGACAUGGUGAACGAUGGGGUGGAGGACCUUCGAAAGCUCUGCGGCCACCUCAUCCACCACAGCUACGAGGAGAGCAAGGCCCAGUAUGUUCAGGAGCUGCCGGGACGCCUGAAGCCUUUCGAGACCCUGCUGGCCCAGAACCAGGGGGGCCAGGCCUUCAUCGUGGGUGACCAGAUCUCCUUUGCUGACUACAACCUGCUGGACCUGCUGCUGAACCACCAGGUCCUGGCCCCUGGCUGCCUGGACUCCCUCCCUCUGCUCGCAGCCUACGUGGCGCGCCUCAGCGCCCGGCCCAAGCUCAAGGCCUUCUUGGACUCCCCCGAGCACGUGAACCGUCCCGUCUUUGGAGCCCAAAAGAUAUGAGCCUGCUCAGCAUCCUUGGGAGAGGGGCUGCCCUUGGAAACCAAUAAACACCGUGCAAGA